CGCAUUUACCUGAUAAACAGAUAACAAUUGUGAUAGGGAUAUACGGGUGGCAACACUUCUUUUAUCAUUUUCAUACUAAAAUUGUUUCAGAUUAUAUAGUGUCAGCCCUUGCUCCUCUUCAUCGCUUUGGUUUUGAGGGACUUCAGUUUUUCAAAAUGGAGUCCUGCUUUGUUUGUAGUUUAAACUACGAACUUCGCCAAAGAGAGCCGUGUAUAUUACCAUGCUGUCAUAAAAGCAUAUGUAGCCAAUGUUUAGAGAAAAUUCUUGAUGAUCAGGAAAUAGACAAAAAAUGUCCAAAUUGUCGAAAGACACUGGAACAAGAGACACUGGCAGAUUUCAGAUUGAAUGUAGUCAUCCAGGAAGCAUUGAAUUUUCAGCAGUUCGGAGAAAUUGACUGUGAUCAGUGUAUACACGAGAGAAAAGAAAAGGCAAUAAAAAUAUGCAAUAAAUGUGGAUCACUAUGCAGCAAAUGUUGUAGCAGUCACAAUCAAAUGAAGAUGUUCAGUAGUCAUGAAAUAAGCUCUAUUCCAGUUGAAAAGUGGUCACUCAAUCUAUUGAGGGUUUUCCAGCACCCAAUCAAAUGUGAAUCCCACAAAAAUCAGAACCUGAACUCUUUCUGCGAAAGAUGUAAGAAGGUAACUUGCAAACAAUGUAUCAAAAUCAGUCACAAUGAUUGCAAAGAAGCGAUACAAACAGUGGAAGAGGCAUUCAAAAAUGUAAAUGAUUCACUCAGAGAUGAUUUGAAAACGAUUGAUUUAUCUUCGGUUAAAAAGAGAUGCCUGCUAUUAAAACAAACACAGGAACAACAUCUGGAAGAUAUAGAUAGGGAAAUAGAUGCCUUAAAGGAACAAUGCUUAAAUACAUUGAAAAGUAAUUUUGAUGCAGUUAGGCUGGAAUUUCAAAAUAAAGCACAGAAAUUCAGAACUGGUUGCAACAAAACAAUGGAGCAAAUAAAAGAGCUGGAAAAUUCCCGUAACAACAUAUGUUCUUUUAUUAAAGAUGCAUCAUCAUUGCAAAACAAAAUCGGGUUUCUUCAAUGUGCAAAUAAAGUGAAACACAGCACUGAAUAUUUGCGGGACAAUUUAAAACAAGUAGACAAUGUGGAUGAAAUCGACUAUCUCAGCUGGAUAAAGGAAAUCUUCAGUAAGCUGCACCUAUCUGUUGGAGAGCUGUCUGUGGACUUUGCGUUAGGUGUUGCAGAGGAGUGCAGUGGAUAUCCUUCAAUUCUAGAUAUUCUGAAAAAGUAUCGUUCCGUAACCAGGGAAAAGGAAAGAUGUAUUCAAAUAAACGAAAAUUCUGCAGAAGAGCAUUCUACUCUUUACAGCGUGAACUUUGAGAUGGAGCAGUUUCCACGUUAUCAUUAUCAUUUUGAUUUGGUACAAAAGAUACUUGAUAGUAAAGAACCAGUAGACAAGGAUGCCAUUACAUCUGAUGUAUCGACAGCUAUGCAUAGAACCAUUCUCGUAUCUGGAACAGUCAAAGAAAACGACCUGGAACUUCUAAAGCCAUUGACAGUUAAUAAAUUAUCCGAAACGAAUGAUUCCUUUGACCAAGGGAACAAUCAUGCUAUUUUGAUAUUCUUUACUGGUGCAGAAAGUAGAAUUCAGAGUCCGGAGGAGAAACAAAUGAUCGCCAGCUCUGCAUGGUCUCUGUUUAUAACAUCAGAAACACAAUCAGGAGAAAAAUAUUCACAACUCAAAGAAGAUGGCCAUUUCUUUAUUGUGGCUCCUGACCCAGACGCGAUAUGGAACAGUCUAACAUCGGCACUAGAGCUUCCUCUAAUAGAAAUUCUGAAAGAGAGGAAAAUAAUUUCAAAGUCAAGAAGAGGUUUUCUGGCAGACAUUGACACUGUCAUCAGACGUAUAGAAAACUGUUCUGCCUUCACAGCCACUAGGGCUAAACAGAAGCCAACAGACAUUCCACAGGAAAUUAGAAACGUCCUGAAAAGGUUUGAAAAUCAUAUUAUCCGAUAUGGCUUCUACUUCAACGUUUUCCGAGUGAUCGUCAACGACAGUCAUGAACAGGGUGUAAAAGAAGCUUUAACAGCUGCUGCAGCUUCAUCAUCAAGUUUUCGUAAAAUAGUUGUUAUACCCCAAAACAAAUUUAAAGAAGAAGUCAAGCCGUUCACUGGCAAACUCCAAGCCCAGGGAAGGAAACUAUAUCAGUCAAAUGAUCCGCCACCCAUUGCACCUUCCGACGACCUUUAUGGAACUCUUGGUUGUCUUGCAAUACUGAAUCGAGAAAAUACUGUUGCACUAUCUUGUAGACAUGUGUGCCUAGAACACAAUAUCGUAUACAUAGAAAAUGAAUUGAAUGAGAGAAUACCUUUAGGGGAAUGUAUUUAUAGUUCAGAUGGUAAUGUCCAGAAUAUUGAAAAAGAUUUUGCUAUUAUAAAAGUUGAUCCAGAAGCAGAAAAAUGUUUUUCAGAUAAACGACUGCUUAAUCAUAUGGGGAAGGCAACAGAGACUGAAGUUUGUAAUUUACAAGAGAGUUUGGAGUUAGUUGGAGAAAUUGUUCAUAAGUUAGGUGCCACUUCACAAUGGACUCAGGGUAAAAUUGUCUCUUCGGAAAUUAUAGGAAAUGUACACGGCGUCAUCGUAGUUCAGGGGAUGAAUGAUGAAGAGUUUGGUAAACCAGGAGAUUCUGGUUCCAUUGUGUUCCGAGAAUCGUUGGAUUCAAGAGAACGAAAACUGGAAGUCGUUGCUGUGUUAACGGCUGGUAAAUAUGAAUCCAGAUCCGAUUCAGAGGUAGAAACAGAAGAUCAAGAAGACGAACAGAGCUCAAACCUGGUCUUAUGUUUAGUAUUCAAAACCGCUUUUGAAAACUUGAAAAAAUGUGACUCCUCUUUGCAAUCCAUUACGUUUUUCAACGACUAAUUUUGAACACCAAAGGGAUAUACAAAAGUCCUCAUGGUUCACAGAACCAACAUCCAGGCAGUGCAAUCAAAAUAAUUUGUUAUUUCAAGAGUGUCACGUCAUGUCUGGAUUAUCGUUGCCAUUCUUGCUCCCUAGAAAAUAUACUAUACAAACAUCAUUAAUGUUACCAUAUGAUUGGUCAAUGACUCUAUGAUGACAAUGGCAUCAAUAUUACCAUAUGAUAGGUCAAUAACUCUAUGAUGAGAAUGGCAUCAAUAUUACCAUAUGAUUGGUCAAUACCAUCUUUACUGAGUGUGGCACGAAGCUUUCAGUACUCUCGCUCCAAGCCCUCUUGAUAAAUUGGAUCCGAUAUAGGAUGUAGAAUUAUUCUAGAUAUUGUAGAGUUUUGUUGAAUUGUUAUUGAUCCUAAUAUUUUGAGACGGUCGCGAAGUGCUAUUCAUUGAAUUUAGUUCAUUGAUUGAUUGAUUGAAUAUUGUUUUACGUCCCUCUCUUGAAUAUUUCACUCAUAUUGAGACGUCACCACUGCCGGUGAAGGGCUGCAAAAUUUAGGCCUAUGCUCGGCGCUUACGGCCAUUGAGCAGGGAGUGAUCUUUAUCGUGCCACACCUGCUGUGACACGGGACCUAGCUUUUUGCGGUCUCAUCCGAAGGGCCGCCCCCAUUUAGUCACCUCUUACGAUAAGUAAGGGGACACUGAGAACCUAUCUUAACCCGGAUCCCCACGGGAUUAUUGUUCUUGUUUUAUCAUUUAGGGAAGUUAGCUCCUGAACUUUUAAGCACAACUGCGCAGGAUGCUAUAACUAAGUAUUUACUGGUUCAAUACUGAUCCCAUUGGUGCAAAUAUAUUGCACAUUUAUUUCUGAACUCUAUCCAGUUGAAAAACUUUGUGUCAAUUCAAAUCUUGAAAGGGUUUGCCAGGGACUAUAUGUUGUGGCGGAAGGAUUGAUUAAUCAAAACCUUCUAAAUCUGCGUGAUAUCACAGCUUCUGAUUCAUUCAAUAUACAUUCGCCAAUAAUUCAAAAUUUGGUCUCCAACCCUCACGUUUGUUUUUUUUUUUAGUUCCAUGACAAGACCUUCAAAAUUAUGUGAAAUUUUAGAAAUUGAAAUUACUCCUAAUAUGUCUUUUUAAACUCUCUGAUAUCAUGAAUUGUUUCGUAUAUCAAGUGCAAAUAGGUCAUUAUUUAUUUAUAUUACUUGUAUUAAACUUUUUUUAUCUGUAUUGUUAGAAGACAUGAUUAUGUAUCUAUUUAAUGUAAUGAUUGAUAUGUGUUGCUUAUGUUGUGUUGGCACCAACAGACAAAUCAAGUUUAAUUGGCUAAAUUGUAAGUACAAAAAAGUCACGUUUAAAACACUGCAGCUCAAUAACAAGCAUUGCAACCUCAGUUUUUCUUUUCAGUUGCCUAAUUCUCCUUCAAAAAAUUAAAAAUAUACUUUCCUAAAAAAUUGACAUUACUCCAAAUGUUAGGGCGAACAUCUUUAAUAACUUUUAAAGUGAUGACCUAACAACGAUGCUGAUUAGAUGAAAAAUUCGUUUGAUUCGUUUGAUUUCUUAGUCACAAAAAUUCAUUCUGAGUUCAUCUGCACUAAGCACGCGGGACUACUUUUCUCUGGAAUGCGUCUUCCCCGUUAUAAUUUUAGCGCUAUUCAUAGAACGGGAAUUUCCACACAAGCAAUAUAAACGCAAUGCAUUCGUUUGAUUUUUGUUUUUUAUUGCUACAAAAAGUAAGCACAACCAAAUAUAUGAAUAAAAUACAAAUUUAAAGAAACAAUAUAUUGAUGACGUGGUAGAAUAGUGAACCUCAUGACGUAGACCACUGACUGGUAGAAGUAGUACACGAGUUCCCUGUAUGUAUCGUCUGCUUUACGAGUUGGAUAACAUGACGGAGCAAGGGGCGACUUUUGAUCUGGGAGAUAUUAAUGAGUUUUAGAUGAAGAGGGGUUGAGCGUUUUACUUAAUAUUGAAAUGGAGCCGAGUUGCAUUCCACCGUUCCUACGACACAAUCAGUGUUCAACGUCUCCUCCGACACAAUGCAGCAUAAAUCCAGUCACCACUUGUUCUCUUCCUAUAUAUCUAAUUCAGCUUUUAACCAUUGCACCUUUAAUUUGGCAUAUAAUCCAUUUAUUUCUGCACAGUAACUGUAACUGACCUGAACGCACAGCCAUCCUGUUUUGUUAAUGUUUCAUUCUUACAUAUAUGUAUUCCUACGCGCCCUUUCAAAAACGUUAAUUCAAGCCUUUAAAUGGGAGAAUAUUUUUUUUUUCUAUUUAAAAACAUAAUUAAAUGAUAAGGAAUAAAACUUAUAAUUCUUUGUUUGAUGCAUGUAUCAAACGAAAAAUUGGACGGAAAACUUUUUCAUUAAAACUUUUGCAUCAAACAAAGAAAUAUAAGUUUCAUUUCUUAAAUAAUUGUAAAUUACAGGAAACUUACAUGAUGCAAUACUAUGUUAUGCUCAGGCGCUGUAGUACUUCUAUUUAGAGUUUGAUGAUUGUAUUUUAUUUAUUACUAGAUUAUUGAAAUGACAUGUGUUACGUAUUAAUUGUAUUGAGGAAAUUCAAACUGAAAUGUCACACGUGCUUUACUUUUUAUUGUUACAAGUAAAUAUUGUUAUUGAUACACUUAAUGAUUCAUUCCAUGACUGCUUGAUGCUUUUUUGUAUUGUUGAAGUAGAUGCAUUAUUUUAAUUUCAUUCUUUUGUAAACUUUUAAGAUAAACUUGUCUGUUGCUAUUUAUCUGAAGCUCAUGGGUUGACCUCUAAGUAGUAUUCAAAUUGUAUAAUUGUAAUUAUUUGUGAGAUUCAACAAUGGAACUAUGUCGUACGAGACGUUUUCCAUUUACUGUAAACGAAAUCUGUUUUUGGUAGACGAAUUUUGUGUGUGAAUUGGUUAAACGGAUUUUAACGGAGUAUCAAUAGGACGCAUCCGUUAAUUUGUAGUUAGUCUGCAACUUUGGUUUUUUUUAAGAAACAUUUGGGGUUUAGCUGAAUUUUUAAGAUGCGAGUUUAUUCAUUCUUUUGGAAUUUGAUUGGAUUAAAACUGACUGAAAUUGAGAAGGAAUUUUAAGGGAUUAAGAGAUCACAUACAUGUAUUUCCAUAUUUUGGGAAUCUGAUCAAUUAAUUUCAUUAAUUAGUGCAAAUAAUUUUCUUAAAAUUCACAUAUUCUGAGUUGUCUCUGAAUCAGAAUUUACAAAAGUAGUUUUUGUGAAUUUACUUGAGUUCUGAAUUGAUUUUGUGAGAAAUUUAGAGAGAAUGAAUUAAUCCAUGCUAUUUUGAGGAGGUUAUUUAAUUUAUCUUGUGAUAAAAGGGCUAUUGUACUCAAUAAAUUGUGGAACUUGAA